AUGGGACUAUCCGCCUUCAAGCCUCUCUCUAGACUUCCUUUCGCAAUUGCCAGCCCACAAACCGGCAGAGUGGCAUCCAACAUGAUCGAGUAUACAAUCGCGGGGAAGUCGGGCUCAAUCAAGGCGACUCGGCGCGUGGUCCCCAUUCCCACGCCAGGCGAAAACGAAGUCCUGAUCCGACUCGUCGCCACAGACUCGAAUCCCAAGGAUUGGAAGGCCUCCCGCAACCACCCAGAAGGCCAGGGCAUAAACCAAGGCGACGACAUCUCCGGGAUCGUUGAAGCAGUCAGGUCCUCUGUCCACGAAUACGUCCCCGGCGACCGCGUGGCCGCAUUCCACCGCAUGUUCCAGCCUCACGGCUCCUACGCGCAGUAUGCCAUCGCCCCGGCCUCAACGACAUUCAGACUCCCACCAAACAUCUCCUUCGAAGCCGGCGCGACGCUCCCGCUAGCGAGCAUGACGGCUGCGCUUGCGCUGUAUCAGAAUCUGGGUCUCCCACUUCCCUGGAACCCCGCGAAAACCGAGACGCCCGUUCUGAUCUACGGCGGCGCGUCCGCCGUUGGCGCGUACGCGCUGAAAUUCGCCAAACUCAGCGGUCUCUCGCCGAUCAUCACUGUUGCCGGGAACGGGGCUGAGUUUGUCCAGUCGCUCAAUGCAGCGGAUCACAUCAUCGACUAUCGGAAUGGGAAUGUCGUCGAGGGGAUCCUGAAGGCGCUUGGCGGCCGCAAACUCCACCACGCCUUUGACGCCGUCUCGUAUAACCGCAGCUACGAGGAUAUCGUCGCCGUCCUGCAAGCUUCGGGCGGCGGCCAGAUUGACAUGGUUGAUCCGCCCAGCGACGAUAGUGCGAAUCCCCAGCGUGCGGCGUGGUAUCGGAAUGAGAAGAAAGCCGCGGAGGACGGCGAGUUCGCGUAUGUCUUUUAUCGAUAUAUAAGCCGUCUGCUUGCGGAGGGGAAACUGGAGCCGCAUCCGUACGAGGUGAGGCUGAAUGGGUUGGAGGGUGUCGCGGAGGGGAUCCAGUUGCUCUUUGAUCGUAAGGUUUCGGCGAAGAAGCUGGUUUAUCAGAUCACGGAUACCCCGGAUCUGCUCUGA